AAGGUGGAGUGUAUGGUACAGACAGUAACGUUACAGACAUUGCGAGAUUCGGGGCUCUGAUUCUUCUCGGCCCGGUUGUGUAACUGUUGCCUCUGCACGAGGUGAACCACAAUCUGGAUCUACAGGAGAAGAGUGGACAGUGGGGACGACGGGAAUGAAAGAGGAAUCAUAAAAAAAGAGAUAGCUGAUAGCUAAAGAAAAGGGUAGCGACACUGCAAACGAGCAGCCGAGGAGGAGACAGACCCCGUUAGCACGGACACAGGGAGGCAAAGAGGAGGAAUUAAAGGGAGAAAGACUGAUAAAUACCAAGAGAGGAGAGCCAUUAUCACUAGGCAGGCAUGGCAGAUGCAGAGCUGGACUUCCAGACAGGUGAUGCUGGGGCAUCCACUACCAUCCCCAUGCAGUGCUCGGCCCUGCGUAAAAAUGGCUUUGUUGUGCUGAAAGGCCGACCCUGCAAGAUCGUCGAGAUGUCCACCUCCAAGACCGGCAAGCACGGCCACGCUAAGGUCCACUUGGUUGGUAUCGACAUCUUCUCUGGUAAGAAGUAUGAAGAUAUCUGCCCUUCCACCCACAACAUGGACGUCCCCAACAUCAAGAGAAUUGAUUAUCAGCUGAUUGGGAUCCAAGAAGGCUACCUGUCCCUGCUCCAGGACAGCGGGGAGCUGAGAGAGGACCUGAAGAUUCCUGAGGGGGACCUGGGCAAGGAGAUAGAGAGCAAGUACGACGCCGGAGAGGAGAUCCUGAUCACCGUUCUAAGUGCAAUGGAUGAAGAAGCUGCAGUUGGUAUCAAAGCCCUGGGUAAAUAAGCCACUGCAGGUAAAUACAGAGCUACAGCUGUAGCAACAUGCGCUGUCUUCUCCCCCGCCCCCCCCACUUCCACCCCACUCAACUACCGCCUGCCUGAAGAGGAGUGUCUGUGUGUAUGAUGUAAAUUACUAAAGUGUGUGUGUUUGGGUCUUACAUCACAAGCCACCAGCAUGUGCCAUGCCUGUGCAAGUGUGUGUGAUGUCAUGUGCACAUACAGUUUAUUCUUCAUCAGUAGGCAAAGGGGAAGGCAACUGCACUCAAUAAGAUCCGAGGUUUGAUUUUAUCUUUGGUGUUAAAAUGAAUAGGCGAGAGACGUCAAUAUAAAAUGUUACGAGUAUGCAUACAUUUUUCCAUAUUAUUUUGCAUAUUGACUAUUUUGUGUAUAUAUUUGUUUGAACUGGAAAACAGUGAUGAGCUGAAAUUGACAGAUUUCUAAUUGAUGAAUAAUUCAACUAACUUGAGUGUAUUCAUGCGUGAUGAGCUAUGCACCUCUGCAGAUUUGCCUACCCCUUAAUGCACUUUUUGUUUCAUGUUAACACUAUUACAAGCAUUUGUAUCAUUCAAAUGAAAGCGAAUGGGUCAUAUUGUAUUUUGGAGCAAGGUUUUUAUUUUUAUUUUCUGUGGGUUGAACUUAAUUUUACAUCCUGGUCGAGCCAGAUACUUCCUGUAUCCCCCCACGUCCCUUAAAAAAAGCGUGUAUUAUUGUUGUAACCGUCGGGUCAAACUGUUUAAUGCACUUUUCUUUCUUGCACUUUCUCACCUGCAGACUUGUGGGCUGUAGAAUGAAGUGUCCACAAAAAAAUUGUUUAAAACUGUUGGUUGUGCAAUGUUUCCUCUGCCGAGGCUACUUAAAACACUGUCUCAUUAAAAAGUUUCUCGUGUGUUUCUUUUAUUUCUUCCCCCUCUGACUUUUCUUUCCUCUUCUCAUUCCUCCCCCUUGUAAUUCUGUUUCAGGGGCAAGCGGGAUGCACUGGACCUGGGGAAAAGGAGGGGUCAUUGCCUCGUCAAUGCUAUUCUCCCUCUUGUUUCUUUCUUUUUGUCUUUGUUUUUCAUACUCUCCCUCCCUCACUCUGUUUUCUUUGGGUUCAAAUAUGAAAGACCUUUAAUAAAUAAUUGGAAACUGUAAACAUUCUCUAUGUAUAUACACAUAAUAAAACCAGAUCGAGUCAAGACAUACAGAUGUAAAAACAUGUAGAGGAAGGUCUCGCAUUAAUGAUUGAGUAGGUGUACAAAUCAUCAGUAGCUGCUUUUGCUGUGGCUUGUUCAGCUUGUGCCAUACAGGAUUGAAUGUCUUUUGUGUACAGCAGUUUUCUUCUGGCGGUUCAAGCCUUUCCUUGUUUAAUUUAUAACCUGAAACUUCUCUAUCAAAGGUUACCAACAUGGCACACCAAGGUUCAGUUUCUUUUUGUCUCAAGGAGCUCAAAGUGUCAAAAGGAAACAAAACCCUGCUCAAAGAACGUACAAAUUCUCACCUGUUAAAAAGUCCUUCAGCCUCAAUUUAAGUGGCCCCCAGAGCGGGGCCUUCACACUGAGCCCUUUGCAGAAAUGAGUGGCGUAUUAUUUGGCGUGCUCUCAAACUUUGAGCGAGGCUUCAGGAGGCAGACAAGUUGUGGCGGUUUGGUAUCCUUAACCUACUGUUCAUACAGCAAGUCCAAACUGUGCAGAAGGUCUCCAUGGCAGAACAAAUAAAGAUGACACAAACUGUUGGA